AUGGAGAGUAGCAAUCGACUAGCUGCCUUUGCUCAGUUUGGCGGUCCUUCGUCCGAGCGCACAGAGUUAAGCACUGGAUCUGCACUACAUCACAAGCUCUCGCUAGCCACCACUCGAUCCACCAGCUCAGCCUCCUCCACAUCUCAUCGCAGCUACCCAGUUGCAGCACCAUCAGCAUCAGCUGCAUCCUCAUCUGCCCCACAUCUCCGACCAUCACAGCAUCCUCACCCCCCCGAAGCACUCACCAACCAAGCCAGCAGCUCUCGUAAUCCUUCAAAUCCUUCAAAGCGUCUUCCUAUCUACAUCCGCAUUGUCCCAAAAGACAUCUGGCUACGCAUCCAUAUCCAUCCCAAACAAACCAUCGGGUCGAUUAAAGAUGCAGCUCUCAACAAAGCUCAAGCCCCAGACCACGAUCCUUCGCUUUCCUACCGGUUCUAUCAGGAUGCAUUGAACGCGUCGACUCAUGCAAAGAUCGCUCCGGUUGCGAGCCAUGAUAAGGUGGUGAAGCAUAGAAGUUAUGCGCUACCAAGGACCUUUCUUUGUCCUCCCCCGGAUUUGGAGGAUGUGGCCGAGAGGGUGGCGGAGAGGCUGGUUGAGACAAGGAGGAGAGAGAAGGAAAGGCAGAGUGGGAGGUCUACGCCGGGGUCGAGGGGGACUGGUGUGCCGCCGCUGCCUGUUUUUGAUGUUGGGCUUUUGCGGAAUGUACAUUCACAGGCACAAUUACAGCCACAUCAACAACAACGGCAGCACCAGCAGCAGAGUGCAUCAUCAGGCUCACAAACCAGAUCUCUGCCACUGUCAGGAUGUAGCAGCUCAUCAGCUAGAACAGCGAGCGAUGACGCUAUGGCUUCUUCUUCAGCACAUGUCACUCGACAAAUCUCGAAUUCGACUUUGGCCACUUUUUCGCCUUCAACCCCGUCUGAUUUUGGUGCUGUAAGCCAGGUUUUAGCGUCUAUUGACGAUCCGAGCGAGGCUUCGGAUAGAUCGCAUUCACAGUCUCAGGCGACGGUUAGUGAGAUUGCGAUUGAUAUAGGUGCGCCGCUCAUUACCGGUAAUCGGGAUGCAAAAUUGGAAGAGGAGAUAGCAAGGAUGCGACUUACGCAGUGGAGUACUGCAUGGCAAACUUCAUCUUCUAGCUACGAUGCAAAAGGGCCAUUAGCGUCUCCACAAACCUCGCCUCGAGCACUGGACAGCUACAACUCGACUCCCACCAUCGCUUCGAGCAGCCAGUUCGAUAGCAGCGAAACGGGACUCUCACCUAAUCUUCCUUUCCUAUCCAGCUUUGAUGCGUCUUGCAGCUCUAGCGCUCACAAUGCAGCGCAAAGGGAACCUCAGCACCGGACUACAACUCCCCCUCGCCGUCCACCGCGAUCAGAGCAAAGAGCAAGCACAGCGGCAGCAGCUGCUCCAGCCAUCUUUUACACCCAACCAGGGGCAGCAGAGUCUUUCAACUCGCUAGCAUCACUAGACUCUACUUCUUCCGCCGAGUUCGUCACGACAGCUGAUGAUGAAGGGAGGAUGUUGCAGUGGGGUACCCAAGCCGAAGGUACCCAAGCCGAAGGUACCCAAGCCGAAGUUGGUGCGGGUAGUCCAGCGAGAUCUCCUCUUUCAGCUGCAUUUUCGACCGCUUCUUCGCCAGUCAGACCGAGAAGUAGAACGGUCACUGCCGCAGAUGUGAUAAGAUCGCGCAAUGCGACGAACCAAGAACAGCCACCGCCGAUGCCAGGUAGUGUUUCGAGCCCGUUGAGGAUUUCUAGUCUGCCUCGGGCAGCAACGGUGCAAGGGCAGGGAGGGAAGAUGGUAGCAGAAGAAAGUCAGAGGAGAGCAGUUCCCAGUGAUUUGUGGGAGAUGUUGAAGGGUUCCGCUAUCACCAAUUCCACUAGGAGGAUCGGUGGUGGCGAAGAGGGUGAGGGCGACGACGACGACGACGACGAUAUGGCAUUCUCUACCGUUCAGCAGCGUCGUACGACUGGUGGAGGAGGAGGCAAGGAGGCGCUUACACUGCGCAAAAAGUCUUCUGAAGGCUCAGUUGUAGCUGGCCUCUCUUCUCCCUCUUCCACUCACUCCACCACUGCAGCUGGUGGCGGGUAUCUAGCUGGAAUACGACUCGACGAAAUCUCUCGUGGAUGGUCAAAAGAUACCUCUCACCCACUCUCGGCCAAAUUCGCAGUGCUAUCAGCAGCAAACGGAAUGGAAAUGGAAGAAUGGAAAACUGUUGCUUCCUACCAACUUGGUCCUUUCGAACUUCUGGAAUUGCAAUGGUCAAUUCCCACGGAGCGAGUCUACAUCCCUCCUGUUAGCUUGCACGAUAUCAUUCGUCCACCACACCCCACCUCCAACAGCGGAAACAAAGAGAUGUACAAUCCCACUUGCUCAUACUCAGACGCGGGCCCAGACACGGACUCAGCGUGUCUCGAACCCUAUUUCGAAGGCUGGGUCUACGUGCUCAAGACGGAAAAGGGGAAGAAGAUGGGUAAGUGGAAAUUGCAUUUCCUCACGGUGAAAGGAUGGAGGGUGGAUCUGUAUGGCAAGAAACCAAGGGCGGGGGAGGCGGUUUUGCCGAUUGCAGAUCAGCUUUUCUCACUAAGAGGUAUAGAGUGGGUCUUGGAGAGUGAAAGUGUUGUGCCUGCGAGUACGGCUUUGCCUGCGUUGGAGACGCUGCCGGCGGGGUGUUUGAGUGUUGCCUUUGCUCCGAGGGGUGAGGGGAUGGCAGGGACGAUGGUUGGUGUAGCAAGCACAACAGCAGGCAGUAAUGAAGGAUCCCUGUUGACGGUUAGGUGUAUCAAUCCGUUCGAUCAUGAUUCGCUCUCGAGCCUCUUACUUCGGGCAUGGUAUAGGAGUAGUGCGACUACCUUGGGUGGUGUGGAUAUCUGGCGUCGGAAAGCAGUGUUCCGAGCAACGGUGGCGGGAAGAGGCGGGACGGUUGCAGCUGGUAAAGCUGGUAGGGGAAGGGGGAGUAGGAAUAGUAAAGCGAGAACAAGGUUACGCCCCUCGGGAUGGGCGAGGGAGUGGGAAGAUGCGGAUUUAUGGUCGAGCGAGAGUGAGAGGGAGGAGGUUACUCCGCCGCCAGAGUUGGUGGUGAGGCUGGAGGGGGAGAGGGAGAGGGAGAGGGAGAGGGAGAGGGAGAGGAGAGUUACAGUGACGCAGGCGAAAACGGAGAGGAAGAAGGAAGUGGAUGAAAAGGGUUUUGUGACGGGGGGGUUGUAUGCUGCUCUCCUCGGAAGAACUGGCGCUAGUACCACUGCGGUGGGUGAGAGCGCGGGGCAAGAUAGUUGGCCGUAUCAGCAAGGAUCAACUUCUAGACAGAGGAUGGGUAGGCAGCCGCAGCAAGAACCAAGUCUAAUGCUGGGGUUUCACUCUCUCCAAGACCGCCGCCGAGGACGCCAGAGAUCAGGUUCGCUCACUCGCUCUUCCGACCCCCAAGAAGCAACGGGAGCAGCAGGGGAUACUUGCACCAGUGGCGCUCGAUCUGGCUCAGUUACAGUAUCAAACACAAGCCCAGGUCGAGGUAGAAGCUCCAACUGUUCAGCAAACAGUAGUCGAAAUGUCUCACGAGCUGCUUCUCCCCCGGGUGCGGGGGAAAGGAAAGGGUAUGCGAUAAGUCCAGCUUUGGUGCCGGGGUUCGUGGAUGCUCCACCCGCACCCAGCGUUGCUUUGCUGAGGAAGUACAAGGCUAGUACUAAGGGCACUAGUGGCAAACAGGAUGAUUGA